UCUUGAAAUUUCCAUUUCCACUUAUUAUUCUGUUGGCAGCAGAAGCAUACACGUCACAUAAACACGUGGCAUUUCCAAAGUUCAAAACUUGGCCACUAUAUUUUAGAGAAAAAAACAAGGGCAUUUCAGUCAUUGUGUAGGUCAGUCUUAGGAUUCUUUUGAGGGUAUUUGCUUGCAUAUUAGUCGGUUUGUGUAUUUGGUUAUAUCCAUUUUCUCUCAGUAGUGUUUUGCAGUACAAACAAGUUUCGUUUCGGUGUGUGAUUCGGUUACUACCGUUUCGUUCAUAUUUAAUUUAACCCAUUAUUGUUUCGGUGUUUCUGAAUCAAAUGGGAAUCAUGGAUCAAAUGGAUAAGGAAUGUUGUUCAUACGAUGAAAUGGGUGUGAUCAAGAAAUUUUGUGCUGAUUGCAAAACCACUAAAACCCCACUUUGGAGAGGAGGACCAAAUGGACCCAAGACGUUGUGCAACGCUUGUGGAAUAAGGUAUAGAAAGAGAAGAGGUUGUUGUAGCAAAGGACAAGAAAGGGAAAGGAAGAGAGAGAAAGCAGAAGCAACUAGCAGUGAUAAUGAUGAUUUGAGUGAGUGUUUGAAAAUGAAGUUAGUGGCAUUGGGUGAAGAGUUUUUGUUGCAGAAAAAACAAAGAAUGAUUAAAUUAGGUGAAGAGGAACAAGCUGCUGUUUGUUUGAUGGCACUCUCUUGUGGCUUUGUUUUUGCUUGAACAUCAUUCAACAAGUUAGCAUUUUGCUGUUAAAUAUCAUCUAACCUCUUUUUUUUUUUUUUGUUUUCUCUCUUUCUUUGGAGCAUUGUAAAGUGAUAUUUAUCCUUUCUUUAGUUAUUAUUUAGGAAGGGUAUGUAAAUUUCACUGACUUCUCCAAAUCUUGUUAGGGACUAGGGAGUGAGGUGGCCAUCCAAAUCCAAAAAGGAGUGCCUUUUUUUAUUUUUAUUUUUAUUUCUCUUUUGUUUAUACAUCUAUGCUAAUUUGUUCAGCCUCAGUUCAGUUAGUUAUUAGUGUAAGUAUUUCACAUUUAUGAAUAUGGGUGAUUGUUAUUA